AACCUCAUCUUCCGCUACCUGCAGAACAGGUCCAGGAUCCAGGUGUGGCUCUACGAGCAAGUGAACAUGCGGAUAGAAGGCUGCAUCAUUGGCUUUGAUGAAUAUAUGAACUUGGUGCUGGACGACGCAGAGGAGAUUCACUCCAAAACAAAAUCAAGGAAACAGCUGGGUCGGAUCAUGUUAAAAGGGGACAAUAUCACUCUUCUACAAAGCGUUUCUAACUAG